AUGAGCUCUGCCGCUGCUACCGCCGCUGACCUCUUCUUCACAAUACUUUCUGUCAAGAAUAUCGGUGUUAUAAGUGGCUCAGAAUGGACCACCAUCGGUAACCACAUGCGCUCUCUCGGCUAUGGUUUCACCAACGAAGGAUGCCGUCAACACUUUCAAGGUCUCCGCCGCGCCCAGCAGAAGGCUGAGGCAAAUGGUGCCUUGGGCGACAAUCCCCGCAAGGUUGAUCCAACCCUGAAUCCCAUCACUCGACGGCCGGGUCCGGGACGAGGCCGGCCCAGGAAGUCUGUCGGAGGUGCAUCUGGGGAUGCUCAGCAAUCUGAGAGCGCCAGCGCCUCGCCAUCUCAAACUCAGAUGCAGCAGCCGCCACCACCUCAGACCGAACCACUGGAGCUCCAACAGUCUAUGCAAUCCCAGCCACCCAUGGACCCCAAUGUUGGCCCUGCACCGACCCCCAUGAUGGACACAACACCGCCACAGGUCCAGGCUCAGGUCCCGCCGCCGCAGCCCAUGGUCCUGCAGUCAGAGGGUGUGUCUUUCGAGGGUGCGAGUGAGGAGCCUGAUGAGCAUGCUGCUAAACGUCCCAAACUCGAAGAGAAUCACGAUCCCGCCCUCAACGACGAAGCCAUCUUGAGUGCCUUGGCGGCUCACACCAGCCCAGGCGUGGACCACUACAACCCAGAGUAA